GUUUCGUUGAUUAUUCUUGCGGUGUACUUCUUAUCCAUCCGCCGAUACCAUCGGACAGUGGUUACAAAUUACAGUUAAAGAGAAGUUAUCCGCGAGACGUGUUCGUUGAAGAGGAAAAUGCAGCAACGUUAGAAUAAUAAUUCAAAGUGUUGGAAAUUCCUGAAGAAUCACUUUCGCGAAAAGUACUACCGUCCGUAAUAACAGGUUCUGCAGCUAGAGUACGCAGAAAGAAUAGUUGUAAAUGACGGAGCGUUAUGAAUCGCCAGAAGUGAAGAUCGCAUUGACUAACGACGAGAUUCGCAAGAGAUACCAAGAUACGUCCUUAAUCAUAUUUAAAGAGCAACAGAGUAAGAAGGAAGUUGUCAACUAUUUAACUUUUGGAACGAGUCGUAGAACCAUGGAGUAUAGCAACUACGGUAACCAACCCGUUAUUGUACGAAGACCCACUGGGUCUUUGGCAACUAAUAACACCGGAGAUGCAUCCUCGCAGAUAUUACGGAUAUAUCGAAAGCCUCGAGAAAGUUGUGUAAUAAAUUAA